CCCCCAUCCUGGCCACAUCACCCUACCCACCCACUUACAUCACUUACAACUCACCACAGCCCAAGAUGUGCAACUCCCAAACCACCAAAUACACCCUCUGCGGAUGCAUCGUAUCCAAGGCACCUAUGGUCUGCGAGCUAGGCGAGUCGUGCCCCUCACACAACAAAAUGAAGAUUGCCGAGGAAGACAGUCUUUGUCUUGAGUGUUUUACGAACGCUGGGGGACAGGUUCGGUGGUGGGGUCUAUUGAAGAAGUUGGAUAUUGACGUUGAGGAAGUGGAUGAGGGAUUGAAGGAAGAGGAUGGGGAUGAGGAAGAAGAGGGAAUGGAAAAGGAUCAAGGUCAAAGCCAUUCUGAAGAAUCUGAAAAAUCUGAAUAUUCAGAUGAAGAAGGGGAAGAAGAGGACGAGGAGAGUCCCGACAAGAAGAAAGACAAGGCAGGGCUUCCAGAACUCGACUUUGGGGUGGACGUUUCGAGGGAUUGUUAUCCUCCUGCUGCCAUAACUUUGGCGGCUCUCCAGCAGAGAAAGGAGGAGCGGAGAGAGGCGGAAGUGGAGAAGUUGAAGAUGUUGUAUGGCGAGGAUUAUUAUGAGGGAAUUUGAACUCUGUGGUUCUUCUUUUCUCUUUCUUCUCGUUUUCGGU